GCUUCAAACAAAUGGUGGGUGCCCAAAGCUUCCGGUUUGAGAAUGUCUUCGCAGGAAAACUCGGUAGAAGAUAAAAAUGUACUAAAACAGAAAGUCUAUGCCGCUGCAAGAGAUGGAAGAGCAAUUAGUUUAUUUGCUGUGUUAUGGAAUCUUAAUCAAGAACUGGUAGAUGAAGUGCUUCAUUCCCACACGAGUGAAAAUGGACAAAUAACAACACCCGUUAUCAUUGCGUCUAGAAACGGAGAAGAGAAAGUUGUUUCAGUAUUACUUUCAAAAUUUAAAAUAAAUCUCGAACAGACAGGAACUGUAAAGUUUGAUGGAUUUGUGUUAGAAGGCGCAACUGCGCUAUGGUGCGCGGCAGGCGCUGGGCAUCUUGGAAUCGUAAAGCUCUUGCUAGAACACGGUGCAGAUGUCAAUCAUGCCACGAAAACGAAUUCGACACCACUUCGUGCGGCGUGUUUCGACGGUCGACUUGAUGUUGUCCAGUGUUUAGUUGAAAAUGGUGCUGACAUUUCUAUACCGAACAAAUAUAAUAAUACAUGUCUCAUGAUAACAAGUUACAAAGGACAUAGCGAAGUUGUGCGGUAUUUACUUGAAAAAGGAGCAAACCCUGAUUCAACUGCGCACUGUGGUGCCACCGCAAUGCAUUUUGCUGCUGAAUGUGGACAUAUCGAGGUAGUACAAGAUUUAGUCAGAUUUAAUGGAAAACAAAUUCCUAACGACUACAGAAUGACUCCAAUACUUGUGGCUGCAGAAUGUGGACAAUCUGCUCUUGUAGAAUUUCUUGCCACCAAAGUUGAAACCAAAGAAGAAAAGAUUAAUGCUUUUGAAUUGCUUGGUGCCUCAUUUGCAAACGAUAAAGAACAUUAUGAUGUAAUGAAAGCAUUUCUAUACCUGCGUGAAGCUAUGCAUUUGAGAUACAGUGAUCCUGACAAUAUUAUUACGAAAGGGGACUAUCCAUGUGUAGAUGCAUACAACAGUAGGAUUGAAUGCAAAACACUUGGUGAACUUAAUGCUAUCAAAUAUGAUUUUGAAGCACUGCACAUGGAAUCACUUGCAAUCAGAGAGAGAAUCCUUGGGCCUGACAACCCAGAUGUUCCUCAUCCAAUCAUAUUUCGAGGUGCAGUAUUUGCUGAUAACAAGCGAUUUGACCGAUGUAUCUUACUUUGGCUGCAUGCAAUGAAAUUGAGACAUACAAAUAAAAGAUCCAUCGCCAAGGAUUUAUUGAGAUUUGCUCAAGUAUUUUCACAAAUGCUUCACAUAGAAGAAGAAGUGAACUUUUCCAGUGUCCAAGAAGUGUUCAAGUAUGCCAUGGCAGAACUAACCAAUGAUAAAGAGAGAAUAACAAACUGUGAAGAUGAUGGAGACUCCCUGAUUGAGAUACAUCAAACUAAUAUCCAUACUUGUUUAUAUCUCCUUGUCAUUAUUUUAAAAACCAAACACAGUCCUUCAGAGUUAGAGGGACUGUACCCUCUUGUGUAUCAUUUUCUUAAAUUAAAUCCUUUCUUAAAAAAUAACUAUACACCUCUGCAUAUGGCUGUUGAUGGUUCUACAUAUGUGGAUGAUUUCCAUGUUAACGAUGUUGUGUCAUUUCCAGACAGUCAAGUUGCUCACCUUUUAAUUAAAUGUGGAGCAAGAGUGAACGCACAGGACUCAAGGGGAAACACCCCCUUGCAUGCUUUAGUAUCUCAGAACUCAGUUGUUGAUACAAGGAAAGUUCACAAUACCAUGAAUAUUCUAAUUGACAAUAAUGCUCAUCUUGACAUUUGCAAUAAUGAGAGAAAAACUGCAAUUGACUGUGCACAGAGGGAAGAGGAUGCAGGAAUUUUGAGGGCAUCUGAUCACCUCUCUCUGAAGUGUAUUGCUGCCAGGUGUGUGUGCAGCAAUGGAAUCGAUUAUCAAGGUCUCAUCCCACCUUACCUUGAGGAAUUUUUAGCUGUCCACUAACUCUAGAUUAUUCAUGAUGAUAAAUUAAAUCUUUCUGAGUUAAGGGAACAGAUUGAUAUAAAAUAACAAGACUAACUGUAAUUGUUUCUGUUUUAUACAUUAUUUAUUUCCUUUUUAGAAACAGUUAGUUAUAAAACUGCAACUUGAUAUUUACAGAGAUACCGCUUUGGUAAAGGAUACCAGUUUUAUAUUUAUGGUCAAAGUACAAAUAUACCCCCCACACCAGAGAAGAGAAUAGAUGACAUAUCAUUUUAAAAAUCUUUUCUU